AUGUUCAUAUCAUCGUGUCGAACACUUACACAACGAAAUUCUUCAUAUUUAUUAUUGAAUUUAUCUAUAUCUUCAUUAAAUUCUUCACGUUCUUCAAAUAUAAGUGAUGGUGAAUGGAUUAUAAAUAGUAUAUCAUUAAUAAUCUUUGUUCUUGCUGUACUGGGAAAUACUGCUGCACUUUUUGUUAUGUUUGGUUCUCGAGGACCGAUUAAAUUGACAAAUAAUAAAUAUUUAGUGAACUUGGCAUGUGCUGAUUUAUUACGUGCUUGCUUUAUGCCGUUUACUAUUAUUGCAAGAGUUAAACGAAAUUUCGUCUUCGGACCACUUAUCUGCAAAAUUUUACCCAUUGUUCAAGGUAAUUUUGUGCUUUUUAUUUCUUUAGAUUGUUAAUUAGAAUGUUUAUUUAUAACCAAAGCAUUUUAGUUUUUUAUAUAGAAAUAAAAGUAAAAAAUAUUAAAUAAUACUCAGUGUGAGCGAGUUAAUAAUUUGUUUUGUUUUUGUUAAAAACGGUGAAAUAAGAUAAAGAAUCGAUUAAAGAAAUAUGCCGUGAAAAAGUAUGUCAAAAUAACUUGUUCUAUAUAUUGUGAUCCGGUUUCAAUGUACUUUUUUUCCUAUAAAAUUCGAGUGUUUAUUCUAUUCUAUUAAUUCUUUUUUUUUUUG